AUGCGCGACCACUUCAAGCUUUGGGCGCUUCUGCUCUUCCUUUUAACGCCCCUUGCUGCAGCAGCUGGCCUUUUUGAGCGUCAGGUCCACGUAGAACUAUUCGACCCGAAGCAAGUUCCUGAGCCCAUCGGCAAGGGUAAACUCGGAAUUAGCGUUGACUUUGGACUCGCCAUCCGAGGUUCCGAUAAGAAGGAGGGCCCCCAGAAUAGACGACUAUGGGUGUUUACCAGCCACCUGACCUUUAGGGAAGACGUCAGCUCCAUUAGCGAUGGUGUCCUUCUGACUAUGGCAGCGGAUGGACUUCAGGAAGUGAAGAGAUUCAUGGUUGAAUAUGGUAUUUCCGGCCAAUUUCUACCUGCUGUUAUGACGGUCCUGGCUUCCGGUAAAGAGAUCAUCCUGGCUUCUUCUAUGAAGGGUAACGGCGGUCUGCAUAUAUGGCACGAGGAGUAUCCGCCGUUCGGACCCGGGACACUCGUGUCACACGCACUUAACACGUGCCAAAUGGCGUGGAGGGAGGCCAACCCGGAUGACCCGAAUCAGGACAAGUAUCACAUGCAUAAUGGCAGGUGCGGCGAGCCAAUGGCUGUCCAUUUGUGGCACCUUGACAAGGAGAGGAAAGGAGAUACCAAACCACUGAGCGAGAUGGGCGCCAGAAUCGUAAGCGCAGGGUUCAACAAACGCAAAGAGAAGAUUACAUCGACCGAAGAGGAUUACGAAUAUAAGCCGACAUGUCCACUUCAUAUAUAUGAGGACCUCGGAUAUUAA